GGGAGGGAGAAUAAAGGAGAGCCAUGAGAAGACGAAGAAGAAGCGGACGCAGUGCAAGAGGUUGGCAUCCGAAAUGCCUCGGGGCGAGAGGGCCAGCCCGCGCGCCCGCCUCCAGUACGGCGACGGCGGCGGCUGGAGGAGGAGGCGCGCGAUCUUGGUUCUCUUUGGCGGAGCUCUGUUGCGUUGGGUUGACCACCAUGAUACAAGACCUAGUGAAGAACUGGUGGAGUCACUCCCUUGCGGCUCUCGUCGUUGCAGUCGUCUUCUAUAUAGGAAAAAGAAAAAUCAUGAAACUUAGAAAGAAGAAGAAACAGAGGAAGGAGUGGGACAGCGUGGGCCACAACGUUGUCCUUCUGCACCAAUUUCAGCGAGGGAAGUUCUGCCCUAACCUCGGCCCCUUUGCCCUGAAGGUGGAGACGUUCCUUAGACUCGCCGGCAUUGAGUACAAGGUCGACACGGAGGCGCCUUUCGGGCCGAAGGGCAAAUGUCCAUGGAUCACCCUCAACGGCGAGGACCUCGGCGACUCUGAGUUCAUCCUCGAGAGGCUCGCCAGCGAGUUCGAUGUCGACCUCGACAGCCAUCUCGACCCCCAGAAGGCAGCCACGCUCGAGGCCGUCAGGAUCCUGGCUGACGAAUACCUCUUCUGGUGCGUCAUCACAUGGCGUUAUUGGCUGGACGGCUGCAAGACCUUCCUCAAAUCCCAGUCCUUCGCACCUUUCCUGAGACGUGCCUUUCCUUUCUUCAUGAAAAAGGGGAUGAAGGAGAGAGCGAGACACCAUGGCAUCGGCAAGCACAGUCCAGAGGAGAUUUUCCAUAUGUGCAAGAAAGCGUGCAAGACUUUGUCUCUUGUGCUUGGCGAGUCUCCCUUCUUCGGCGGAGAACAACCCUUGACCGCCGACUGUGCCGUCUUCGGCCAACUGGCGCAGCUCAAGUGGAAUGCCCCGGGAUCGUCUUAUGAAAGCAUAGUCACAGAAGCGUAUCCGAACCUCAGUGAGUACUGCGACCGAAUGAGAGACCAUUACCCUGACUGGAAACCAGUCCUCAAACCCGAUUGGAUUUUAUUAACCUCCGACCUCGGCGACUCUGAGUUCAUCCUCGAGAGGCUCGCCAGCGAGUUCGAUGUCGACCUCGACAGCCAUCUCGACCCCCAGAAGGCAGCCACGCUCGAGGCCGUCAGGAUCCUGGCUGACGAAUACCUCUUCUGGUGCGUCAUCACAUGGCGUUAUUGGCUGGACGGCUGCAAGACCUUCCUCAAAUCCCAGUCCUUCGCACCUUUCCUGAGACGUGCCUUUCCUUUCUUCAUGAAAAAGGGGAUGAAGGAGAGAGCGAGACACCAUGGCAUCGGCAAGCACAGUCCAGAGGAGAUUUUCCAUAUGUGCAAGAAAGCGUGCAAGACUUUGUCUCUUGUGCUUGGCGAGUCUCCCUUCUUCGGCGGGGAGCAACCCUCGACCGCCGACUGUGCCGUCUUCGGCCAACUGGCGCAGCUCAAGUGGAAUGCCCCGGGAUCCUCCUAUGAAAGCAUAGUCACAGAAGCGUAUCCGAACCUCAGUGAGUACUGCGACCGAAUGAGAGACCGAAUCUACCCUGACUGGAACCAGCUCCUCAAACCCGAGUGAACCGCCACGAACCACAGUCCUUCGAUUCCUCCGCU